ACUCAAGUCGCAAACAUGUCGGAAUACUGGAAAUCGACGCCCAAAUACUGGUGCAAGUUCUGCUCGACAUACGUGCGCGAUACAAGCCUCGAGAAAAAAUCUCACGAAGCCACGCCGAAACACCAGAACAACAUCCAACGCUCGUUGCGCGAACUUCACAAGAAAUCCGAACGCGAUGAUCGAGAGAAGCAGCGCGCAAAAGAUGAAGUCGCUCGAUUGAACGGCCUGGUCUCUGGCAAACCACAGCCUACCAUUUCUGUCGCUUCUGGCUCGCAACUUCCUGUGCCAAAGCUCAAGUCCACCGCGCCUUCUGGACCUGCUUCGGUCGCCGAGCGAAAACGGCAGAUGGAACAGCUUGCUGCUAUGGGUGUCGCCAUCCCUGAUGAAUACCGACGUGAUAUGUCUAUCCGAGGUGAAUGGUCCACCGUUUCCGAGACACCCAUCUACUCUAAGCCCGUCAAGUCUGCAUCGGAUGACGAAGACGACGAUACAAAGGCCUUUGGUGUGAGAAAGCGAAAACUAGACGAGGAUGACGAAGAUAUCAAACUGGCUCCGAAAGCCUGGGGUUCACGCUUGAAGACUUAUCCCGGUGCAAAAGCCAACGAUGAGGAAGACCUGGAUGCUCUGUUGUCUGGUGCUACUGCAAAGAAGGAAGUCAAGUCUGAGGAGCCUGACUUGUUGAAAAAGGAGGGUGAUGCUGAUACUACUGAGUCUAUCGCUGCUGUGCCAGACAUCGCCGAAUCCGGUCCAGCUACAGAAUCCGAAGCCAAACUUGAACUCAAGGUCGAACAAGAUGCCCCAGUCGUCUUCAAGAAGCGCAAGUCUAAGCGCUGAAAAAUACAUGACGGACUCACAAUCAAUUCAUUAUCUACUGGACAAGUAUACUCGAGUACAUGGACGGCCGCUUCGGCACCUUGCCCUGCUAUCGAGGCCGACAUGCUAUUACAUACGGCUAUCCAGAUCAUCUCGCUAUUGUGUAAGGCACGCCAGCGAAUGUGGGCCUACAACAUUGCCAUAGCAUGACAGGCCUGAAACAGCGCAGGCAUCAGCAUCAACGGCCAUGCGAUACUUGCAAAUGCAUAAUUCACCGCACGAAUAUUCAGCACAACAAGCUGUCAAAGUAGCGAUCCAAUUCGAGACACGCUAAGCACAGGCAUGGAGGCGGAGGACAAGACGCAGUCAGAGACAGCCAACGGCUCCUGCGCACCUCCAACGAGACAGCAGACCAAGACAUAGAAUAGUAUGGAUGAAAGUAAAGGAAGCUCCGAUUUCUUGUUCAUCUCGUGAGAAAUGGAAAUAUCUACUUGGAUUA